AUGCUCCUCUCGAGGUUGCUGAUGAAGUACGGCAUCGACGUCCUUUGCUAUCCUGUCCUGCUGGCAUCAACUCGUGUGGUGAUGUUGAAGAAUGAGGAGAUGACAAGGGAGGAAGAUGACAAGAGAGAAGAGCGAGACACACAGUGGUCGAUGCCUGUUACCAUGCGGAUAGGGCUUGCCUGUGCCUGUGUUCCUUGCAUCUCUGUUAACUGGCUGGUGCGUGCUCGCGUCGGGGGUGAAAGGGGGUGUUUCUUCGCUCUCAGAAAGAGCAACGCUGCUUGCCUCCCUCUCUCCAGGAAGAGCGAGAGCGAGCGAUAG